CGCCGCGCCACCCGCCCCCCACCCAACCUCCCCGAUGCCGAGGAAUGGAUAGAGCGUCUGCCGCGCGGAGAGGAGCCGAGAGGAUGGUGGAGAAGAAAGAGUGCGCCGCGGGCCGGACGGCAGGGGCAACGGGGGCCGGAGGAGGGCGCAGCGCCCGAGCACCCCCGGACGGCCUGGCCUCCGGACGCCCCGGCCGGGCUGGCUGCGCGCUGCAGCAAUGCGGCCAGCUCCAGGAUCUCAUCGACAUCUCCCUCUCCAGCCUGCAGGGGCUCCGCACCAAGUGCGCCGCUUCCAACGACCUCACCCAGCAAGAGAUCCGCACUUUGGAGGUGAAACUUGUCCGUUAUAUUGGCACCCAGCUUCAGUGCAAGUUGACUGUCCCCCUGAACGAGAGGACAGCGGAGCUGAACAGUUACCCACGGUUCAGCGACUGGCUGUAUCUCGUCAACGUGAGGAAAGACGUCGUUCAGAGGAUACCGGAGGAGUUGACCCUCGAUGCCUUACUGGAAAUGGACGAGUCAAAAGUGAAAGACACCAUGAAGAGGUGCGGGGCCAGCGCUGAGGAAUGCUCCCGGCUCAACGGGGCUCUCGCCUGCUUGCGGAAAAUGACCCGGACAGGUGGAGAGUACAAAGACGACCUGGUGUGGAAUCUGCCGGAUACGCGCCGCGAAGCCAGCUUGAUGCCCCCCUCCGAACUUUCCCCUUGUCCCACCUCGCUCACGUGGACUCACGGCAGCUUGACGUCCCUGAAGGGGAACGGCCCGCAGGCCCGCUCCGUCUCCACGUCCACGCUCCUGUCCUCCUCGGACCAAGGCCCGCCCGGCAGCGCCGACAGCCUGUUAGAGUCAUUUGCUUUCCCCACCCACUGCGGCAGGCGGAACCUCAGGACUCCCCACAGCAUCACCAUCACGCCCCCCACGACGCCGCAGCUCAAGAGGGGGAAGCCACCACGGACUCCCCCACCGCCCAGCCGGAAGGUUUUCCAGCUGCUUCCCAACUUCCCCACCCUCACAAGAAGCAAAUCCCACGAAUCUCAGCUUGGCAACAGGAUUGAUGAAGUCCCUACUAUGAAAUUCGAUCUCCCCCAGGGAUCUCCUCAGACGGUACGAAGAGAUAUUGGUCUGUCUGUAACACACAGAUUCUCCGCAAAGUCAUGGCUUUCUCAGGUCUGCCAGGUGUGUCAGAAAAGCAUGAUGUUUGGCGUGAAGUGCAAACACUGCAGAUUAAAGUGUCAUAACAAAUGCACGAAAGAAGCCCCACCUUGUAGAAUAUCUUUCUUACCCAUACCCCGAUUAAGGCGGACAGAGUCCGUCCCUUCUGACAUCAAUAACCCGGUGGACCGACCAUCAGAGCCGCAGUUUGGGACUCUUCCAAAAGCUCUAACUAAAAAGGAGCACCCGCCAGCAAUUAACCACCUCGACUCCAGCAGCAACCCAUCUUCCACGACCUCCUCCACGCCGUCUUCCCCAGCCCCCUUCCCGUCUUCCAACCCCCCCAGUGCAACGCCACCCCCAAACCCGUCUCCCAUGGGCCAGCGGGACAGCCGGUUCAACUUUCCAGCUGCCUACUACAUUCAGCAUAGACAACAGUUUAUCUUCCCAGAAAUUCCCAACACCCCCCAAGUAACGCAACCUUUGGAAACUACUGAAAGCACUAAUGCCGAUGAGCACCUAGAGACGGAUGGGGUCGAAGAACGUGACGUGGAGCAUGUGGAAGACCAAGAGCAGAACAAAUCGGAAGCCGAGGACGAUGAAGAUGAGGUUGACGACCUGCCAAAGCGGCGAGACCGCUGGCGGCGAGGGGUGAUGUCCCGGAAUGUCAGCCAGACCAGCGUCUACCUGCAGGAAUGGGACAUCCCCUUUGAGCAGAUCAAGCUGGGCGACCCCAUUGGCCAAGGGCGGUGGGGCAAGGUGUACCGGGGGAAAUGGCACGGGGAGGUGGCCAUCCGAUUGUUGGAAAUCGAUGGGAACAAUCAGGACCACCUGAAACUGUUCAAGAAGGAGGUGAUGAACUACAGACAAACCAGACAUGAGAAUGUGGUGCUUUUCAUGGGGGCCUGCAUGAACCCCCCUCACCUAGCAAUCAUUACUAGCUUCUGCAAAGGAAGAACGCUUCAUUCGUUUGUAAGGGAUCCCAAGAUAUCUUUGGAUAUUAACAAGACCAGGCAGAUUGCCCAGGAGAUCAUUAAGGGCAUGGGGUAUCUCCACGCAAAAGGGAUUGUGCAUAAAGAUCUCAAGUCGAAGAACGUUUUCUAUGAAAACGGAAAAGUUGUGAUCACAGACUUUGGUCUGUUCGGGAUUUCUGGUGUGGUUCAGGAGGGAAGGCGCGAGAACGAACUGAAACUGCCCCACGACUGGCUGUGCUACCUGGCUCCAGAGAUCGUGCGCGAGAUGGCUCCAGGGAAGGAUGAAGAUAAGCUCCCUUUUUCCAAGGCAGCUGACGUCUAUGCUUUUGGGACCGUGUGGUAUGAGCUCCAAGCCAGAGAGUGGCCCUUUAAGAGCCAGCCAGCCGAGGCGUUGAUCUGGCAGAUUGGGAGUGGCGAAGGCAUGAAGCAGGUCCUCUCCACAAGCAACUUGGGGAAAGAAGUUGGAGAAAUUCUCUCUGCGUGUUGGUCUUUCGACGUCACCGAGCGUCCCAGCUUCACUCUCUUGAUGGAAAUGCUUGAAAAACUGCCAAAACUCAACCGGAGGCUCUCUCAUCCGGGACAUUUCUGGAAAUCAGCCGACAUUAACAGUAGCAAAGUUGCCAUCCGGUUCGAGCGAUUUGCCUUGGGAGAUUUGGAAUCCAGUAAUCAAAAGAUAUAAUAUAGCUUGUUGUGUGUUCAUGGUCCUCUCUUCAUCCCCCCCCCCCGGAAAAAAAUAAUAUCUCUGUCACUCACACACCUGGAAGUGAUCAUCGGAGUCCUCUGCAAAGUUUCCCAAAUAAUCGAAGGGCCAUGUGGAGAUGCGCCCCCCCCCAAGGCCCCCCAGCAAGAUUUCUUUUUGACUUUUGUUACUUUUGCUUCUGACAUCUCGAGUCGGCAUCUUCUUUACUUUAAAAAUGUUUACAUUCUGAUGGACUGUUGUUGUUGUUGUUGUCUUCCCCUUGUGUGAAUUAUAUUUUUCAUGGUUAAUAAUAAAUGUGAUAAAAGGUUUUUUAAUCUUAAAAAACAACAACCCAUUUCCCCUCUCCCUAAAUGUUCAACUGGCACUGUUAAAACAACCUGACUAUGAAUCUUGGUUUCAUCUGUGAAACAGCGAAGGUUUUCUGUUUCGCCCUGUGGAAAUGUUUGAUCCGUUCAAAAUGAAGUUUGCACCCCCCCUUGGGACAUGUAUACAUGCAAAGUGUGAACUGGUUCGGAACUGGUUCAGCCUCCUCAGCUUGCUCCCGGAGAAUGCUAGGAACCAUUGCUUUUGUGAAGGUGUGUGGAAGGAAAUCCCAUGUAUUCCCUUUUGAGAAAUACGCUUUCCUAGCCUAAUUUGAGAAUGAUAGCAGAGGCAGAGUUUGGAAGUGGUUUAAAUUUGUGUAGACAAUCUCACUGUUUUUGUUUUAAAAUAAUAAGCUUAGAGGCUGCUGAAGCAAAGUGGGAUAGAUUCUAUAUAUUUCUGGGGAGAUCUUCAAGUGUGAAAUGUUUAUGGCAUUCAAUGCUGUUUAAAUGCAGCGUCGAACCCUGUUUGCUUUCCAGUAGGCUUGGAUUCUCCAGAAAUAUAAUGGCAUCAGGUGAUUGGCAGGUGGGUGGACCUAUCAAAACUGCUCCACGAAGGGGUAGGUGCUUUUGAAUCUGGCCUGCUGGACAAGAGUCGUGUGUCCCCCUCUGCCCCCCUGGCAUAGAGGGUAGUAGGUGAUUGUUUUUUACAACAAGCUUCCUACCUCAUGGUUUGUGGGGAAGGUUUGGUGUGUUUUUUUUGGAGGUAUGUAGGUAGUAUCUAAAAAGCUGGAGACAAUAGAAGGGAACUGAAUAGGACUUUUUUCUGGAGGAAGCUGUCACUUUCUGCACAGCUACUUGUGUCUCCCCAAUAACCACUAUUUCUAACCCAUUGAGGUCAUUCUGUGGAACUCCAUGUGUUUUUGGGUUUCUGGUGUGUGCAAGGGGGUUAUGGUAAGAUUUUUUGUGGGGGGCGGAAAGAGGGCACUUGUUCCAGUGAUCCUCUUACGCUUUGUGUUAGCUGGAUGUGGGGAGCCCUCCAGAUGUUUCUGAACUACAACUCCCAUCAGCCCCAGUAAGCCCAACAGACAGGAGUGAUGGGAGUUGUAGUCCAGCAAAACCUGGAGGGCCUGUGUACACCUGGUGUAAAUGAGACACGGUUUCUCAUUCCACUCCUUCCAAAGGAUCCCAGAUGAGGAAUGAUAAAGAGGAUUGCUGGAGACUGUGUGGGGAGCGGGACAGAGUUAUAUCUGUCUGCUGAGGGAAAUCUCAAAAGUUUUUGAGGACUUUAAAGUGGUGAUUUAUUAAUGCUGCUGCUGCCCUCUUCCAAAAAAGCAGGGUCUACCCAGUAAGAAUCCUCACUAAUGGCUCCAAUAAGUGCUCAGCCUUUAUUAUUAUUAUUAAGAGCAAUUUCCAAAAUACGUAGGCCAAGGUAUGGUAGUGGGUUAGUCUUCAGGGUUGGUGGCACAAGCACUGUCCAAUAGGUCCUUUGUGGCAGGGUAAAGAAAUCUCACAAGGCAGUUGUUUGUCUUGGUGGUCCACCAGUCCUGCCAUUUUCUUAGACGACUGUGAAGAACGGGGGAAAGUUCUUUUGAGGCUUUUUCUGUGUGG